AUGGGUGUGCAUGGGUGGGGCCUGCCAUCUGUUCUUGGUGUCCCCCAGGCCCUCGUGGACGAUACUGAAGAUGUGUCCCUGGACUUCGGCAAUGAAGAGGAGCUGGCCUUUAGGAAGGCCAAGAUCAGGCACCCCCUGGCCACCUUCUUCCACCUGUUCUUCCGAGUGAGCGCCAUCGUCACCUAUGUGUGCUGUGACUGGUUCAGCAGGAGCUUCGUUGGCUGCUUUGUCACUGUGCUUCUCCUUCUGUCCUUUGACUUCUGGUCUGUGAAGAAUGUAACUGGAAGACUCAUGGUGGGUCUUCGAUGGUGGAACCAGAUAGAUGAGGAUGGAAAAAGCCACUGGAUAUUUGAAGCCAGAAAGGUCUCUCCAAACCACGGGGCUGCCACUGAGGCAGAGGCACGCAUCUUCUGGCUUGGCCUCAUCAUCUGCCCAGUGAUCUGGACCCUCUUCUUCUUCAGCACCUUGUUCUCCUUAAAGCUAAAGUGGCUGGCUCUUGUGAUCACAGGGAUUUCCCUCCAAGCUGCCAACCUCUACGGAUACAUCCUUUGUAAGAUGGGGGGUGAGGGCAACAUCAGCACAGUUGCAGCCAGCUUUCUGUCCCAGACUGUGUUCCAGACGGCUUCCCCAGGUGACUUUGAGAAGCCCAGGCUUGAAGGACGGGACAUCCACCAGCGUUAG